AUGGACAAUGAUGGCAGAGGAGACGGUCAAGGCGAUUCUUCGGGAGCGGCUGCGAGCCAUUUGAGUUUACCUGCAGAGUACGGAGGUGGCAAGUUCUCGUUUGCGACCGGAUUCGAGGACGAUCUUCCAACUGGACAAGCAUGUUCGAGUGACGCGCCCGCCAAGCAGCGUGAGAGAUUACUUUACGUGAAGAAGGAAGAAGCUGAUAUUUCUCCAUAUCUUUCUAUGAGUCACUCGCAGCUGAAUUCAUCCAUUUCCUUCUUGGACGACAAGUUUUCGAGCUCAUUGCUUGAUGGACGACAGUCCGUCACAGAUGGGUCCCGAAAUUCGAUAUCGAACAAUCAACAUUGGGGUUCGUUUAGCAAUGGCGCUCAGAACGGUCCCGACACAGGGCAGCAGUCUGCGUCUUUCAAGAAUGACGAACUAGACCUUUUUUUUCGAAGAAAUGAUGAUGCACUGUCAAGCCUGGCGGAUGACUUGAGCUCGUCAUUUGGGUCCAGUUUGCAUUCGGACUUGCUAGCUUCAAGUUACGACUCGUUUCAAUACCAGCCUCAGUCGUUGAAUGGUCCAAGUGCGGGUCAAACGCUAUCGGCCCAUUUUUCACCCCCGGUUAGAUCACCUUCUUCGUCAGUACGAGCGGGAAGCCACUUGUCGGCUUCGUUGAGGAAUGGAAGUGCGGGCACUCCAGGUCUUAUGGGUACGCCGCGAACAAGACAUGCCUCGCUGAGUGGGAACUACUAUCCGGACGGAUAUCUAUCAGCCAGCGUGCCAAAGAAUUUAACGGCGGAUGAGAGAUUAAAGCGUAAGAGAGAGUUUCACAACGCUGUGGAGAGAAGAAGGCGAGAGCUUAUCAAGCAGAAGAUAAAAGAGCUCGGUACCAUAGUACCACCUUCUCUCUUGAAUUACGACAUGAGUGGUAAGCAGGUGAAACCCAACAAAGGAAUUAUUCUGAACAAGACUGUGGAGUAUCUCGAGUAUCUGCUGCAAGUGGUGGAAAUCCAAGAGCGAAGAAAAAAGCAGUUACUGAACAAGAUGAAAGAACUGGAAGAGAAAAAAGAGCGUCUGGCGUCUAGCCAACUUGCUGAACAGAAUCGCGGCAGCGCGAAUAACACUACUGAAAGGCCUGCAUCUCAUGAACCAGCAUCUCUGACCAAGUCAGUGGCUCAAAGCGAUUUUACUGAUAUUGAUGUGGACGUCUCUAACGAGAGAAUAAUCGACACCCGAGCCAAACCUCAUCCCCAUAAUUUUGGCGUAUCGCAGCCAUGGGGCGAAUCUAACUCAUUUGGCCUAAUGGAUAACAUAUUGUCAAACAGCGAGCAUAAUUUACCACUUCACGACGACCUGCAGCAAUUCUUAUCGGGUGAUUUGAUUGAAGCAGAAGAUAACGCCAAGCUAAUGUUCAAUAGUGGUGAUCGUGCCGAGUAUUUGUUAGACUUUGACUCCUAA